UGCUUGUCAAUCCGACCACAAUGGCUCUACCGAUCUGGAAACGCAAGCAUGAUCUGAUCUACUUGAUCUUCUUCCUCACACACAUCCCAAUCAUGUUUUCUCUAAAGCCUGCCUUUAUGACAAACCUAAGAACAUGGUACAUCACCACGUACAGAGAUCAGUUCUUCUCUUCUCCACCCUUCUGGGCUGUACCAGCUCUUCUCCGAGAUGAUCCCAGAGUACCACUACAUCUUCUCGUCUUUGCCCUUGAGGCUGGACUCACUACUUUGACCUGCAUUGCCGAUUACCUCAGCUGGAGUGGUUACUCGAACAACGAGAAGAUCGAACUUGGAAAGCUCUAUGUGCCCUACCUGGCACUGGCUGUCUUCAUGGGUCUUGACAUGUUCUACCGUCUGAGCCAGAUGAUCUCUAAGUCAGACAAAGCAGCCAAGGGCAAGAAGGCUCAG